CUCAUUUUUGUCUUGCUGCAUUGUCUAUCCAUACCGUCCAUCUAGCUACCAGUAGUUCACCAUGACGGACUCAUCCUCACCCAAGAGACGCAAGGUGGAGAAGAACGAUUUUUCAGUCCUGUUGGAAGAUUGGCUGGGAGUGGGAGGAGCCGCGUCGGAACCACCCCAAGCAUUACAAGCAUUGCUGGGCCCCAAGGUCCGUCGCGACUUGCACAAACUCCAACAACUCUUCCAGGCCGCUGGUUUCAGAACAUCCAUUGUGCAAUCGCCACGGUUAGCCGUCAGUUUGUACAAAGACUCGUGUGUCCAAGUUCAACAACAACAACAACUACAACAACAACAACAAGACGACAAUAAGCUGUACGCCCAAAAAGACUAUCUACUGACCAUGUUGGGAUUGCAUCCCGACCAAACACAACGAGAAGACUACUACCAACAGCAUUUCCAGCCGUCGUACUGUCUUCACCGGUUUGUGGCUCGUUUGCAGGUGGCUUGUCGCAAGGCCAUGAAGGAUCCUCACGUGGAAGAAUGGAUGGCGUCUUCUUUGAAAGCUACUACAUGUACUACUACAGCUAACCAGACCGCCAAUGCCGACCAUCACCAAGCCAUUCCCAAACUGAUCCAAUUGCUGUUAAAGGCCGAUCCACGCUUGCGACAAGAACAAUUGGAACACGAACUGGAACGAGUUCAAUGGCAUCAUUGUACAUUGGCGAAUGCCUUGGUACAGCAAUUUCUGAGAGAUUACCAUGGCUGUGUCAUUCAAAAUGUCUUUUUCAAGACCAGCCAUGUCCCAAAGUACGAACGCAUCACCUUUUAUCUUUACGAUCCUCAAAUUGAUUUGGUCAAACCGUCCAAUUUCAUGUUUCUGCCAGAUCUAUCUCGAGCUCUCCAGCAGCAGCAGCAACCCAAUGGCAAGAAUAAUAAUAGUGCUUCCACUACCACAACAAAAGAACCCGGUACUCAAGCUAUUGUACAGGACAUGAUGGCAACUUUUUGGUCGCACUUGUUGCGCCAUGGAGGAUAUUAUGCCUCUGCGACCAUGAAGAAACAAUUGUCACCAGCUCUACACCGGUACUUUCUCUCGGGGUUGAGACAAGAUCCCAAUAUUCCACUCAAGUUAAACGCCCACUUUGAACCCUGCCAACCCAUCAGUUUGUACUUGUGGGGCAAAGCCGGAGCCGGAAAGAGCAGUUUUGUACGACAUGUCCCCGCUGCCAUUCAGGCGGCUGUCGAAGCUCAUGCCGAUCCCGAAAUGCUGGUGCGAUUUGUCAAACAGGCACUCAACAAACCCUACCAAGAUCUAUGUUUGGAAUUGGAUCUACGGCCCAACAAUAAUGAUCUCAGUGUCAUGAGUAUCAUUCAAAGUCGAAAAUGCACCAUGACGCAGAGCAAACCUGGGCUCGUUGUGAUUGAUUUGGAAGAAAUGCCACAGUAUCAUGACGAUGACGAUGACAACACGCAACAACACGAUCCCCACCAAUUACAAGUGUGUCAACUGGUGGCACAACGAUUUGGUGGGCGAAAGGGAGAGUACAGCAGUGAAAAGAAAGCACCACGCAAUUCCGAGAAACGGGGCAUUGGCAAUGAUGCCUCGUUGAUUACACUCUUUACAUCCAACUAUGAGUUGAUGGAACCCGCUCGAGAAGCUUUGCAACGCCUUCCCAUGUUUCAACAUUUGACAGCGGUGGAAAUGACGGCCAUUGAGGGAUCCGAUCGAAGGGAAUUCGCCCUGGCGUACUUUCAACAAUCCAUUCAAGAUCGGAUCCAGCAGCACCAGGCAGUGUCCACCGUGUUAAUCAAAGCAUUGAACAUUCCCCUGGGCGAAGGUGACACUCGUCCGUUGGUUCGACAUUUGCGCAUGCUGGCAUACUAUGUGUCAGCAGUGAUUCUGGGCGCGAAUGGUGGUGGUUUGCAGAUUGCCAAUGGCAGAAUUUGUGCUGAGCACCAAGUUUCCGUGACACAAAACGACAAAUCUUGCCAAGUGGUUGUGGGCGAUAAGCCCGCACUGGACCUUCAUGUGGGGACACUCGACAAUCUGUUUCCGGUCAAGGAACAAAUCUUUGAUCCACGCACCGAACGCGUCAGGAAGGAACUACAGAGUCGUCAAACAAAGCUCUCGGACAGCUCCUUGUCGGAGCUGUCAACCAUUCUCGACUUUUGGUUGGGCGGUGCCUUGGCACCUGCCGUGAUUCUUUCCCAGCAAAAGGACAUCGUGGAUACCUUGAUUGAUGUGAUUGGCAAAACUCUAGGAACCGAUGAUGAUGAUCGAGGCGUUCAGUGCCUUGCCAAUAUCGAGGCGGGUGAGUACAAAAUGAUGAAAUCUCUCUACGAUCCCCGGGAUACUCCCAACUUGCGUGAUGAUAUUUUGAAACUGGGAGGUGGUCGUAGAACGGUCGGUGGGGUUGGAAGCAACACAGCCUUGGUGGCCUUGGGCAUUCAAUGCCCUUCGACGGAUGCUCAGUUGUGCAUUCGAGAAAUGCUUGAGGACAGUCCGUCCAUGACAGCGUUUUCCAGUGACAAGUCAGCCUUGUACAAAUCAGGUCUUGUGUUUGCAGUUUACAUCGAAGGGGAUGAGAUCACUCCCGAGCUGCGUUCGAGGGCGUCUCUGGUAUUGUAGAUAAAUGAAGCUAUAAGCAUGCAUGCAGUUAGACUGCUAGCCAUCC